AGUCUAAUUCCAAAAUCGUCGCGAUGUGGAAGUUAUACAGUGUGUCUCUGUGCCUCUCAGUUCUCUGUGGAAUUGUCCAGGAUGUGCUUGGAUCUUGCGAACUUACAAUAGAUAGCAGUAGUCCGCCGUUGAUUGUUAACCGAUUUGGCACCAAAACAAUGCUGUCACAAUCUUCGGGAGUGAUAACAAGAGAGUACAGAGAGUCUAUUGAGUUGUUAUGCGGAGGUGGAGUUGAUUACAUAGAUCAUAAAAACUACGACAGAACCACAAAAACAGGAAACGGUGAAAUUUUAACAUUCCACUGCGGUCGUGAUGGGUAUUUUAAAGAUCCAGUCGAAACCUAUAAUCUACAGGACUUAAAUGUUGUGUGUCAUGAAGGAACGUAUCAAUUGUUUGAGAGCAACUCCAGUUUGCCCAACUGCGAGGGCGACAUGACCCUCGUUCUGGGUCACGACCUCAAAGAGUUGGGGUCAAAGAACAUUGCGGCUUUAUGCUAUGACAUUGUUGCCUCUCGAUUAAAGUAUAUAGCUUACACGACAUCCUCCGCAAGUAACCUAGUUCUGGGGGCGGAAGUGGGUCAGCUGAAUGAUGUCGAAUUGGAUACCACAGUCAACUACCGCAAGACUACCUUCAAGCCCGUUCGUCAGACGGAUAUCGAUGCCUACGUGGCGAACGUCGAUCAGCUGGCGGGCUUGUUUCAGUCGGCCAGUCUCGUCCAGGACAACGUGAUGAAGCCGAUGGUGACCGGCUACGAGGACAUGAUGACCACCACCUGGCUGCGCUCCCUGCGCUCCGGCAACUGGCGCCACUGGAUCGCGGCGAUGCGUCUGGCCGCCAGGCGCGGCCUCCACUUCGACGUCCGGCUGGGCGCUUCCGGGGAGCUCCAGCUGCCGCCUUUCAUCGGGAGAGGACCAAUGUUGAUCCCAUUGGUCGGCAGCGUAGGCGGGGACGCGGUGCGGGUGCCCGCCCACAUCUGGGCCCAUGUCCACGCCCUCGAGCCAACUGGCGGUGUCCAGGACGAGUUCGUCAUCAUCGGAUACAAUUCGCCCUUCGUGCGCAACGGCAGCCAGAGCGACUUGUGCAUCUCGAUGUGCGACCAGGUGUCCUGGCUGCAACAGGACACUCCUUUUGGCAGCCUCCGCGAGUUCCCCACCUUGGGAUUAGUGCAUUGCUGUCGCGUGGAGGACGUGGCCGCCAAGCUGGACCACUUUCCCGGUCCGUACGCCAAGGGGAAGAAGAACCUUGCCGAUGCUCGGGGUGCAGAGCCGCAGGGCCGCGAAUCCGUUGCAAGCACUACGGAUCACUCUUUUGAUUGGAUUGUUAGUUGAACACUAAACUUUUUCCCAGGAAAAUGCAGGUUGCAAGAAGCAUUGAAAGCUAAUUUGCUGUUUGAAUUAAUAAAAGCAACCAUACAAUCAUA